UUCUCUUGGAGUUUUUCUCUGAGGUUUUGCAGUUGAACUUGAAUUAAAACAAUGCAUGCUGCUCAUAUUUUACAUUAAGACAAAAAAAAGUUGUCUGGCAUAUUGCAUCACUUUAAAUUUUUGAGCAAAUGCCUCAAAAUGCAAAAACAGCACUUAAUAUCAGGACAGUGAAAUUUACUCUAUUACUAAAUGUGGAAAAAAGGAAAUGGAAGAUGUGAGUAAGUUAGACGUGAUGGCGAAAGUAUUCACGAGCUCUACUAUGGUGAAGGUGACGGGUAUGAAUAUUAAUAAACGUAAUGUAGAUUUCAACUCAUAACUUAAGAAAGUGGGCGUCGGUCGGCAUCGGCGUCUUCUAAGGCGGCUCAUGAAUAUUAAUUAGAUGACGCAAUACGUAUUCACGAACCAGUAGCGCGGUGUGACGGCUGUGGUGUGGCUCAAAAUAAAAGAAAAAAAAAAACCACUAUCACAAGUGACAGCCACAAGCAGGAAACUCCCGCGUACAAAGACCACGUAAAACAAUAUCAGGGCUGAUUAAAAUAUUUACACAGUAAAGAAGAAAGAUAAAGUGAGGGAAAACGCGGAGGGUUUCUGAAAAAAUGUCUGGAGCGGAGUUUGAAAGGGAGUUUCUGUACAACUUACCCGCGUCUGUCAUGAAUCACUUUACACGGGUUAUGGACUCACUUUCACGCUCAGACUGGAUAUUAUUCGCUUCACAUGUUAUAUCAGACCAGACCGAACUACGCCUUUUGGAGCAAAGCCCCAGACGGACAGACAACCUGAUCCACAAAUGGGGCUGUCGCAACGGGACGGUUGGAGAACUUCUGAGGAUUCUCGAGGGCUUGCAGUGGUUUAGGGCCCGUGAUAUCAUCCUUGAAUGCAGACAUAUACGGCAGUUUCGUUCAAAACAGCAGUCACCUUUAAAGGUGCCACCAGUCCCUGCAUCUCAACGCAGUACAGCCAUCUUUGUCAAGGAGUCUCUCCCUGUCCCCGAAGUCAGGCCUCUACCCAAGCCUAACCCCCCACCGCCUGAUCUGGACUCUAUGGAUUCAAGAAUUUCAAAUACAGAGUGUCCAUGUGCGAACCGCGUGGAUCCCCCACCACUUUCCUCUACUGCAAUGAGCUGGCCGUUUGAGGAAAUCCAGAGUGGCACAUGCAACUUUUCCCCAUGCAAGCAGAUUGGAGAAGGAGGUUUCGGGCACGUGUAUAAAGCUGUGAUGAGAAACACUGAAUUUGCUGUGAAGAAGCUGAAAGAGGACUCCCAUUUGGACUGGAAUGUCGUGAAGGAAAGUUUCAGGACGGAAGUAGAAAAACUAUCACAAUACAGACAUCCCAAUAUAAUGGACUUUGUUGGCUACAGUAUAGAAGGACAAACUUAUUGUUUAAUAUAUGUUUAUAUGCCGAAGGGCUCUUUAGAGGACCGGCUUCGAUGUGAGGACAGUAACGCCCUCUCUUGGUCACAGCGUGUAAAUGUGUUGCUUGGCACUGCCAAAGCUAUUCAGUACCUGCAUUCAUGUUCACCUGCACUUAUUCAUGGAGAUAUCAAGAGCUCUAACAUCCUUUUAGGGGACCACCUGGAGCCCAAGCUGGGGGACUUUGGAUUGGCACGUUUUUGUCGGAACCCCAACAAAACCCCAGGCAAGACGUCCACCGUGGCUCAAACAGCUACGGUCCGGGGAACUCUCGCAUACCUCCCAGAAGAAUACCUGAAGGAUGGACAGCUGGGAGUGGAGAUCGACAUCUACAGCUUUGGAGUGGUCAUGCUAGAGGUACUUACUGGACGCCGGGCUCUGGAGGUCAAUAGCCAAUCCAGAACUGUUUACUUGAAAGAUCUAGUAAAAGAGGAGGAAGAUGAUGGAAGAAGUUUCAGCAAAGGGAAGCACUCGCGGGAGCUGUCCUAUGCUUACGCAGCGGAGAACAUCUGCAGGAAACAUCUGGAUCCUCGACUGAUGACUAAAGACACACCUUCCCCUCAAGGAUCAAUGGAAAUCUCUCAGCUGGCGUGUCAGUGUUUAGACCGACGGCGGAAGAAGAGACCCCGCAUGACGGAAGUGUUCAAAGCACUUCAAGAUGUGCAUUUAGGUUUGAAGACCUCUGGCAGAUCGACCACGGUCAGAUUGUCUCCCGUAUCAUCUCAUCCAUCCACUCCUGAGCCUCUGCACUCCGGCAGCAGCUCCCUGGACUCUCUCACUCAUCAGUUCUCUAAACUCCGCCCUCAAGAGGAUACAUACCCCUGCCUUCACAAGACUGUCUGUCCCAUCUUGACCUCUGUCGUGACUCAGUCUAGCUCCUCAGAGUCAGAGUUGAAUGAUGAAUCAUGGGCUUCACAGUCCUCUGGUACGCCGUGUGAAUCGGAUGAGAGUCAAGGCUUUUCUCAGUACUUGACAAGUCACUGUAGCAGAGCUCAGGUGAUGUCAUGUGGGGACUGUGGCAUUCAGAGCACUAAAACAAGUGGUUCUUUAGUGGAAAACUCGCCACAGUCCAGUCCCAAUGAAGAUUUUUCUGACAAGAAAGUGUUUGUAAAUCCUGUGAGGCAGCGACUGGUCCAAAAAAUGGAGCUUUAUGAAGAGGGAAGGAUUUUAACUUCUGAUCUGCUUUCAUCCGGCGCCUCAUUAUACCGGGAGAUGAAUGCUGAAACGAGGGAGCCAGAAGAGAGUGAUGAGUUUGCAAGUGAGACGUCUGGAAUCAACAUGCAGUCGCCUGCUGCAGUUUAACACUGGAUGUCUGGAGGAAGGAACCCAGCAAAUAUGUCAAAAUAUUACAUGAAGUAUUCACAAAUAUCUUUAGGAGGGGUGUCCCCGACUUCAUAGUCGAAUCGGAAUUUUCGAAUCUUGCCAAUAUUCGACUGAUAAUCGAAUCCUAUGUUUUGGGGGCGAGGCAAAAUACAUUACAGAGUCAAGUCAGACAUAUCCGACAGUCAUAAUUACGUUAACACACAGGGAAGAUGUGUGACGGACGCCUCGCAGAUAUAAACGGGAUAAAUAAUGUUUUAUUUUUUGAUUAAAAGAUAGUAAACAUU